GCAAAUAAAACCUUCCAUGCACUGUCACACAUUACGGCCACACGUCAUACUGUCAGAAUUCAAACGCGUGUUGUCGAAAUCCAGCGAGUGAGCGAGAAGCUGAGCAGCUCGCAUGAAACGGGGAAGAAGACCAGAAGAUUAUGACCUGGUGCGAGUAACGAAGCAAAGCGCACGGGGGUGUGGGAAAGAUACUGUGUUCCUUUCCCUUUUUUUCUUGUACGGGACAAAGGGAAAAAUCUGCGCCACCUGCGUUUGAAUGAUGGUGUAAACAUGGACUGCUUGGACAGGACUGCUUUCAAAAGAGGGAAGAGCCUGCAGAGCAAACAAGAGAAAUAGGUCGCCAAGAAUAAAAGAAGAAAAACAUAAUAAAUAUUAAUAGUAAUAAAGGAUAUAAAAAAUCAGGACAGCUGUUUAAGGUCAGCGCAAUGCUUAGGAGGACCACCACCGCACAACGGAAAACGUGACAAAAACGCUGUAGUUAAGAGCGACACUGCCAUCAGACUAUCUCAUUUCGUUGCUUAAUUCAAAACCGUGCGUACUCGCCCGACGUCUCCGAUGGGUUGUUUAUUUAACGAGAGAAACAAGAUUGUUGAAGGUGACUUAAGAUAAUGAACAACAAAUUGUGCUAACAAUGGAAAUUGUCAUGUAAACCGCAGAAGGAUUUUACCUUCAUGCAAUGGAUGGAGGUCCUGUAACUGGCAUUUCGGAAAGCACCGAGCGAAGUGUGAGAUAAUGCGGGGCUCGGGGUGCACCUUUUUCUAUCAGGAUACAUGUGCUAACAUUUCAGUCUAACUGGAUUUUUAUCAAGGGGACACAUGUUUAGUUUACAUGUGGGACCUUUUUUACCUCUCACGGAUUGUCCAAGACGAAUUAUGCCUUCAGACUGGAUUUAAAAAUACUUUGUGGCAUCCCUCCUUGCACAAAGGUGAAAUUAAUUUUUAACAUCAAGAUUUGUUUGUGGACGGGUCCUGGAAAUAUGACUGGAUUGUCAUUUUUACCGUACAUAAUUAGACUCUCAUGUUUUUAAGGGGUACGUAAAUUCUUUGCUCUGGAGUUCAAUUUUACGGUUUUAAGGAUGUCUGGACAGCUGGGACCAUCCCAAGUGCUCUAUAUAGGAAUGGAGGUAGUGAUAGCCGUCUCUUCUGUACUGGGCAAUGUAAUGGUAGUUUGGGCAGUGAAAAUCAACCGCUCAUUAAGAGACACAACUUUCUGCUUUAUCGUCUCUUUGGCCCUGGCUGAUAUAGCCGUAGGAGCGCUCGUCAUCCCUCUGGCCAUCACCAUCAGCAUCGGGCUACAGACUCACUUCUACAGCUGCCUGCUCGUAGCCUGCACGGUGCUCGUGCUGACUCAAAGUUCGAUCCUAGCCCUGCUGGCUAUUGCCAUUGACCGCUACCUUCGGGUCAAGAUACCCACCAGCUACAAGAGGGUGGUGACAAAGAAGCGUGCUGGAGCAGCCGUGGUGGCUUGCUGGACAGUGUCCUUCAUCGUGGGCCUGACGCCAAUGCUGGGCUGGAACAACCUCCAGAAGAUGAAGGAGAACGGGACCCAAAUCACCUCUGAUCUCACGGUCACCUGCCAGUUCGAGAACGUCAUCAGCAUGGAGUACAUGGUCUACUUCAACUUCUUCGGCUGGGUCCUGCCUCCCUUGCUCCUCAUGGUCCUCAUUUACGUGGAGAUCUUCUACAUGAUCCACAAGCACCUCAACAAGAAAGUGACGGCCAACAGCUCGGACCCCAGCAAGUACUAUGGCAAGGAGCUGAAGCUGGCCAAGUCCUUGGCCCUGGUCCUCUUCCUGUUUGCCAUCAGCUGGCUCCCCCUGCACAUCCUCAACUGCAUCACACUAUUCUGUCCCUCCUGCCAGAAGCCGAUGAUUUUAAUUUACAUCGCCAUCCUACUGACACAUGGGAACUCAGCUGUCAACCCCAUUGUGUACGCCUUCCGGAUAAAGAAAUUCCGAUCCACGUUCCUCAAAAUAUGGAACCAUUACUUCUGCUGCAAGGAGAGGAAACGGCCCACCAACUUUCAGAGUGAGCGGUCAGACUUCCAGGGACGUAACUCCAUCUGAGCUCGGCAGGCAGGCUCCAGAUAUUUUUCCAUACAGCAUCUCUAUGGGCUUUACCAUCGCGACCUGUUACAGUUCACAACACUGGCCUCUGGUGUUCCUGAUGUGCUGAUGCAAAUUGAGGUUACACUACAGAGAGGAGAGGCGUGCUGUUUUCUUAAAUGGUUUCUUCUGAUGAGAAGUGUAGAAAUUAUAUUCUCACUUAUCUGUCGGGAAGAGGAAUAUUUCAGGAGAAAAGGGGGAGAAAUGUUCUUAAUGUGUGCCGCAAGAAAAUGUAGGUUUAUGUGUAUUUCUAAAAAUAUAUUAAAUUGUUAACUGUAAAAGUAUGUCGGUAACCAAGGUUGAUUUUGGAAUGAUUAAGUAUCAGCUAAACCACCAAAUUAGAUGAGUAAUUUGAAAUAUGAAUAAUUUAUUUGGUGAUUCAGAGGAAGACAAGUGCCACAACCUGCACAACAGUAAUAGGCCUUAAUGCAGAACAUUAAGAACUGCUGCUGGUUUACGGACGAACAAGAUACAUUAAUGCUGACACACAGAUUCUGUAUUUCUGCAGUCUGAUUUCCCUCUUCACCGGCAGAAUCCUAUACUGUUUCAAUUUACUGACAGAGCUCUUAUUCAUGAUGAGCAGGAUCUCAAAGCACUUUUCCAGAUCAGGUUAAGGGCAACCACAGUGCCAAUGUCUUAUUACGAGUACAAUAAUUAGAUUUCAUUUGCAUAAAAAAUGUUUUGCUGUUCAUUCUAAUAUAGAGAUAUUUCACCAAGGUAUAUGCUGAAAGCAACUGCAGUGUUUAAUCCCCCGUUUCAGUAUCAGAUAACUUCUUGUAGUAUUAUUAACCUUGUUGACAUAUAUUUCUCAUCUGUGUGUUUCUGCUCCAGUGUUGCAUUUUUUUAACAAAUGCAGACCCACUGAUUGUCUAGGCUGGACUAUUUUACAGACCCAAAAAGGGGGUCAGGACUUUCACCGCUCAUUGCUUUACUUCUGUUUGGGUUCGACAGUUGUACCUGAUAAAUAUUCUGAAGAAAAUAAUGAAGUCGAACACACCAAUGGCUGGUGAAAAGAUAUGGAAGACAGAUGAGUUCUGUGUUUACUCUGUUCCAUGUCUUUGUUCACUCAAGAUAGUUACUGACGUCUAAUUCACAACUGACAGAUGUAUUUAACACUAUGGAUAGAACAAAACAGUCUGAUUGCCGAUCAAUAAAUGUAUUGUCAUUCUGCAGAAUACCGCUGUUAUAAAUGUCUUGUUUUACAUGUGAUUCACUUACUGGAACAAUGGUGCACUAAAGCAAUCAGGUUAAUAAGUAUUGAACUGUACUAAUCUGAGUAUCAUCACUGUAUGGAGGAAUUAAAGUAAAACAAAUUAAACUGAACACUGAUGAACAGGGACACUGCUGUGGUGGUUUUAAUGUUUUUCUCCUGCCCUCACAAAGUCUUGUUAGAUGCUAGUGUGUCAAACCAGGGGAUUAAAUAAUCACUGAUUGGCUUUAUUUAGUGUUCAUUAUUUCCUGUUGUAACUCAACAGGAGACAGUAAUUGUAGUGGUGGAUUGUGAUGUUCUGUCAGGACUCCAGGGGUUUUGCCUAGUUUUGUACCUUUUUCUUUGUUUUAAAGGGAAACACAAGAUAAGUAACACAAUUAUGGUAUAUUAAUAUAAUAUUGAGCAUUCCCCUGCUCAGUUUCAAUAUCAUUCUGUCAUUUCAUCUACACCAAUGUAUUUUGUGUUCUGUGAAGAAGAACCUGCUCUACCAUCCAUCCAUUUUCUAACCAUUUCUUCCAAUUCAGAGUCCAUAUGUACAUGAUGUGCCCUCCAAAAAAACAGUACCGCCUAGUAUGGCAGAUGCAGCCAUAUUAGUUCCAAACAAUUUCUACAGUUAUUACCAGAAUUUCACUAUAUACAUGAUGGAUAAUUCAGUUCAUAAAAAUAUGGUUGGAGUGUCUUCAAAUUCUCACACUGUCCUCAGGUUGUGCCAGCUGUUCUCUCAUGUGCUUUGGGUGAGCCUUGAGUACCAAGACUGACUCUACACCAUCUGGCAUAAAGUGGGUGCCAACAGAAUAUCUUUUCUGAUAUUCAUAUAUAACUGAAAACUGAAUGUUUAUAAAGAAAAAUUAUAAAGGGCACCCGAUUCAAGUAUUUAAACUCCUCACAAGUAUUGACACAAUCAGCCCAGUGGAGUUCUUUAGACUGAAGAAAGAACCAGAGGACAAAAACUGGGAUAAUGGGAAAGUGCAUUAAAAGCUUGAAACAGGAUCCAUUGUUCUUUUACACAAAGGGUCUGUAACAAGCUGUUGCUAAACUUGCUUCUUUUAGGAAACUCCUCAGUUUCAACAGUCAUAGAAUAAACAUUAAACCAAAGGCAAACGAAGAAAGCAAGCCUGUGAAGAGUACCUGGAUCUGUAAAGGGAGACAGUGCUGUAUCUCAGGGAGCUCUAAAAUAAAUCCUCUUAAGAAAUGUCUUUUAUGUAAAGCAGUUGUUUACUUCCUUUCAGCUAAACAAUUAAGGCACAUUCAGCAAUGCAUUUUCUCCGUGUCAUCUCUUCACCUCUCUUUCUUCAUCCCUGUCAGCUCUGAAGCUUUGCCCCAGUAAACAGCCCUAGACAAACCUGUUGUCUGUAAAUAGUAACUACUUGGUCAUUUAAGUAUUAUAAACCUUUUUCUUUGGUUUGGCAUAAUAAAGAAUAGAGUCUGCA